AUGGUAUGUUACAUUUGUUUACAACAUAAUGAUCAUAAUGUUGUAUCAAGUUCAUCGCAAACACAUGAAAUUAUACUUAAAUAUUCAAAUUUAUUUGAUUUUGAUCAAUUAUUAAUUUCAACUCAAAUUGGAUCUAUAGAAGAAAUUCAUUUUGCUCUAGCUCAACUUAUAGAUGAUAUUGAUUUUCGAAUAUUAACUUAUCUUGAACACCAACAAUUAAAACAACAGUACCCUGAUAUACGUGUUCGUCAAGCAACUGCUUCGACUUUUGCUAAGUUUGUUGAUCACAAUUCAUUUUUACCAUGUCAAUGGUUAUAUAAAAUUCAUCAUUCAUUACACGCUCAAGCAUCAAAUCGAAUACAAAUUGUUCGUCAUUUUUGUCUUUUAUAUAGGUUGGAUGUUUAGAAAAUAUUUAUGUUCUUUCAAAUGUUUUAAGACCAACAACAAUGCGACCAAUUUUUUCAUAAUCAAUAUGAUGAACUUCGUUUAUUUAUAAAUUUUUUUAAACAUUCCUUUAUAUUACAUGAUCUUAAUAAUUUAAUCUUUUCAAGUAAAGAGAAAAAAAAGAUAUUUAUUAUGUUUUUUUUAAAAUUCUUUCUUUUUAUUUGAAGAUUUAUCAAAUCUCAACAAAUGAAAAAAUGUUUUGAAAGUAGCACAAAUGAUUCAAGUAAUUCGAAAAAUUGAACUAUUUUAUCAUCAUUCUUUUGAACAGAAUAUAGUUGAUAUUUCAGUUUUCACAGAAGAAAGGAGUUCCAAAGUGUUAGAUUUGAAGAAUAUAUGUAAUCAUGUUUCGUCUGAACUAAUUCAUUUGUUUUUUUUUU